GACUCCGCCAUGGCGGUGCUGCCCGCGGGCUGCGCUGGCACCGAGAAUGGCGAGCCCAUCUUCCUCUUUGGAGUUUUUGAUGGCCACGGGCGUCUGGGUCAUGAGGCCUCCGGGAUUGCCGCGACGCGAAUGCCCGGGCACUUGAGCAACUCGUCCACGCAUCCGACCGAGAACCCCAAAAAGGCCUUGGAGGGAGCUUUCCGGAACACGGAUGAUGACAUUUUUGCAAAAAUGGGAUCUGACGUGGAGUACAGCGGCUCCACUGGCGUCGUUGCCAUGAUGGAAACAGGCAAGCGCUUGCUGACGCUGGCGAACGUAGGCGAUUCCCGGGCUGUGUUGGGGCGCCUCGAGGGCUCCAAGUGGUCGGCCGUGGCCCUCACUACGGACCUCAAGCCCGAACUGCCCGAGGAGAAAGAGCGGAUAGAGCUCAGCGGAGGCUUCGUUUGCCAAUUUCGGGACGAAGUCGGGGUUGAGGCCGGCCCCUUCCGCGUCUGGGAUGGGCCGCAGUGUGAAAAACCUGGCCUUGCCGUGUCUCGCAGCUUGGGGGAUGGAGCUGCCCGAGCCCUCGGCGUGAUUGCGAGCCCCGUGGUGACCAAUCACCAGCUGCAGGCCCAGGACAGAUUUAUCAUUAUAGCGACGGACGGUCUCUGGGAUUCUCUUUCGAACGACGAGGCUGUUCGGAUUGUCGCGAAGUUCCAGAACAUGCCCGCCAUCGCUUUGAAAGCCUUGACAGAGGCAGUGCGGAGGGCAGAAGGUGAUGAGCUGGUGGACGACACAACGAUCCUCCUGAUCCGUUUCCCUUGA